AUGUUGUUGGGGUUCAUAUCAUUGCUCCUAACGGUAGGAGAAGGUGUAAUAUCGAGGAUAUGCAUAUCAGAAAAGGUUGCGGGAAAAUUUCACCCCUGCAGUAUCAAAAGAGUCAAGCCUCCAUUAGAUGAUCAUCAUCAUGACGAUACCAAUGGCCGGAGAUUACUAGCUGCGUUUCUCGAUUCCGAUAACCAAAACAACCGCCGCAUUUUAGCACUGGGCGCAAGGGACAAGUGUGCAGCCCAAGGUAAAGUUCCAUUUGUCUCAUCCGAGGCCAUUCAUCAACUCCAUAUAUUUAUCUUCGUGCUGGCUGUGUUUCAUGUCCUUUACUGCAUACUCACUCUGGCUCUAGGUAGAGCCAAGAUGAGAAGGUGGAAACGGUGGGAAGUGGAAACCAAGACAGCAGAGUACCAAUUUUCACACGAUCCUGAACGAUUUCGAUUUGCGAGAGAAACGUCAUUUGGAAGAAGACAUUUGAGUUUUUGGACCCAAAAUACCGUCCUCGUUUGGAUUGUUUGUUUCUUCAGACAGUUUGUACGGUCAGUUCCUAAAGUAGAUUACUUGACCUUGAGACAUGGAUUUAUGAUGACGCAUUUGGGGCCUCAAAGUCACCAGAAAUUCAACUUUCGGAAAUAUAUCAAAAGAUCUUUGGAAGAGGACUUCAAAGUGGUCGUUGAAAUCAGUCCUCCAAUCUGGUUCAUCACAGUACUUUUCCUCCUGUUUAACACUCACGGCUGGUACUCUUAUCUGUGGUUGCCAUUUGCUCCUUUGAUUAUCGUUCUAUUAGUUGGAACAAAGCUGCAAGUGAUCAUAACAAAGAUGGGUCAAAGAAUUCAACAACGAGGAGAGGUUGUAAAGGGAGUGCCACUGGUGCAACCUGGGGAUGAUCUCUUCUGGUUUAACAAACCUCGACUUAUUCUUUACCUCAUUAAUUUCGUGCUCUUUCAGAAUGCUUUUCAGCUUGCUUUCUUUUCAUGGGCUGCGCUCCAAUUUAUGAUGAAAUCCUGUUUCCAUUCCCAAAAACAGGAUGUGGUGAUCAGAAUCUCAAUGGGGAUCUUCGUUCAAUUCCUUUGCAGCUACGUGACCCUUCCUCUUUAUGCUCUAGUGACACAGAUGGGUUCAACAAUGAAGCCAACCAUUUUUAACGAAAGAGUAGCCAGGGCUCUAAGAAAGUGGCACCACACAGCGAAGAGGAACGUAAAACAUAACCGUGGAUUGCGAUUGCAGACUCCCAACCACACUAAGUCCAACGCUAAUUUCCUGCGCCGCUACCAUAGUGAAAUGGCCACUUAUCCCUCUUCUCCAAUAAGGUUCGAUUUGGAUGCCCAUCUUCCUUGUGAGGUCAAUGCUACUAGUUCUUCUAUUCACCACCGUCAAAUGGAAAUGGGUCACCAGGCCCAUGAGAUUGAUAUUGAACGUGGCAAGGAUUUUUCUUUUGAUAAAAAAUGACUACAUAUUUUAUUAAAUGUCUAAAUCACAAAGGUGAUGGUAAUUUUAGUAGCAUCUCACCUUGUGCAGAUAUUUCAAGGCAUUGGAUAAUUUCGAAGGAAGCUAAAGCGGGGGUUAAU